GAGCCGCCAAAAUCCAAGAAAGUUCAGCACUCGAAUGCGAAAAAUUCUGUAUUAUUUGAAGCUAUCAACCUCAUCAUUCACCAUGACUGUGAGCCAAAUCUGUUGGUACGUGCAUGUAAUCAGUUGGGCCAGUUUCUACAACACAGGGAAACCAACCUUAGGUACCUCGCUUUAGAAAGCAUGUGUCUCUUGGCAUCAUCGGAGUUCUCACGUGAAGCUGUGAAAAAACAUCAAGAAACUGUGAUCACAGCUCUUAAGACGGAACGUGAUGUUAGUGUCCGUCAGCGAGCGGUAGACCUGCUUUAUGCUAUGUGCGAUAAAGGCAAUGUUGAAGAGAUUGUUUCUGAGAUGUUAAACUAUCUGGAAACGGCUGAUUAUUCUAUUAGGGAAGAAAUGGUUCUCCGCAACGAUAAUCAAUUGAGAAAUGCUGAUGCUGAAUUGCAACAGAGAGCUGUCGAAUAUUUACAGUUGAGUACGUUAGCAUCACCUGAUGUACUGGCUACUGUACUUGAAGAGAUGCCACCAUUUCCUGAAAGGGAAUCAUCAAUCUUAGCAAAGUUGAAAAAGAAGAAAGGUGUGAUUGCUCCUGGUGAUGGAGCGACUGAUGACGCAGUAAUAGCUAGAACACAUGUCAGUAAAGUCAGUGUUCAGAAUACACUUGGAGAAUCUAGUGAUGAUUUACCUCAUAAUUUGAUGUCACCAGAUACGCCUGUUACUACUACAGCACCUGCUUCAGUGGACCUCCUGGGUAUUGGAGCAAGUCAACCGAUUAACAGCACAACUACAAGUGAAGCUGCUGUUGCUGGAGGGGGUGGUGGAUUUCUGGUUGAUGUGUUUGGUGAACAACCAGCCACAGCCCCAACCAGUUCUGCUACAGGCUUUGAUGACUUGGCUCCAGGAUCUGAAGAGAGUACACAAAGACAAAAGAAGACAACCAGCAUUAUCGGUACUUCAGACAAUAUUAUCAAAGGUUGUGAGUAUCCCAUAGACGUCUGGUUUCUGGUGUCCAAUUACAUCCGACCAGAAGAUGUGGGUAGAUUUGCCAGUAUUUGCAAGGCUUCAUACUAUGUAACGAGUACAACUCAAUUCUGGUCUCGCCUUUAUCAUAGGUUUUGUGCCACGCAUGAUGAACUGCCAGUCUCUCUGAAACCGAAUGCAAUGCAGAAGAUAUUUAAGCUGAGGGCUUGCGUGAUACGGUCACUGUUUUUCACGUAUCCACCGUACAGGAGCCGUACCCGAAGCACCGUGCCGUUAGAUUCAGAGACCCCCCACAGCUUAGAACACUCCAAGUGCCUGUACAUGUGGGUCUCCCACAAACAUCAAACCAACAAGACAUGGAACUUUUCCUUCAAAUUUCAAAUGCCAUCUCUGAAAAACCAGAAGUUUUCAGAUCUUGGCGUCAACUACGAUCAUUUGUGGGCCAACAGUGAGGAAAACUGCUGCAUCUUGAGUGUGGUCUGUAGUCAUUUUAUCCGUGUUCCAGCCAUCAUGGGAAUGAUACUGACUAAAGUCUACCUCAAUGUGAGCAGAGAUAUGAGGUUCUUUAAUCUUAAAUUAGUUUUUCACACAUUACGAGAGAAAGGCUCGUACAGUAAAAAUAAUGGAGUUACAGUCACGUUGGAUCCAGUUAUAAAUGCUAAAGUACUGCAUUGGUGGCAUCCUCAUUAUGCAGGAAAUGAGUAAUUGUUACCAAUAGUAAUGCUACAGAG